GGCCCCAGCUGCUAAGCGGCCGAAAGAUGUCCGGGUUGUACGCGGCGGCUGAGGAGACUGCUGGCUCCAGACAGGCACUCCAAGAGAAGGCGAAUGAAUAUAAAGAAAACCAGAAGAUCUCUCAUGUAUCUCUGAGACCGUUACAGGCUACAGUUUUAGAAAAAACACCUAAGGUGUGUCUUAUCCCCUUUUCACUCAGUGAUUACAAGCCAGGCGAAUUUAAGCUCCCCAAAUCCCUAUUAAAUAAGAACUCUAAGGAUGAAGUGGCAUGUAAGAAAUGCAAGAAGAUUGAAAUACAGAAAACUUUCACAACGAUUUUAAUUCCAAAGACGAAAGGCACCACGUCUUCUAAGGCAGAAUCCACUCUGCAAAAAUCACACUUAGAUGUUCCUGUGGGAAAUAACAAACGACAAUGCCUGAGCACUUUGGAUACAGCGGUCCUCGGUGUUGAUAUGGAAGGCAGUCCUGACGGAGACAGUGAUGAAGACACUACAUUAGGCCUGGAUGAUUUUUCAGGAUUGUCACCAUAUGAGAGGAAGAGACUGAAGAACAUAUCAGAAAAUGCGAACUUUUUUGCUUCGCUUCAGUUGUCUGAGUCAGCUGCAAGACUCCGUGAAAUGAUAACGAAGAGACAGCCUCCUGAAUCCAAAAGAAAGAAGCCUAAGAAGAGAGAAAAUGGGACUGGAUGUAGAAGAUCAAUGCGAUUACAAAAUGUGGAUCCUUCAGGAGUUUCAUUACCAGAAACCCCAACCCUGCCAACAGUAGUAGAAGAUGAAAAUCCUUUGUUACCUCCUGGGCCUUUAGAAAUGACUCCUGAAAAUCAAGAUGAUAACAGUGAACUAUUUAAAGGAUUUCUACAGACCUGGGCAGAAGCGAGCAAGACAAGUAGUAGUAAGAACACUGAGAAGGAAUUGUCUAGCAUUAAAAGCUACAAAGCCAGUUUAGGUGGCAUGGUCAUUAGUGGAGAUACUGUUUGUAAAGUUACCAAAGGUUCAAUACUGUCUAUGGCUCUUCAUCCAUCAGAAAUUAGAACUUUGGUGGCAGCUGGGGCCAAAUAUGGGCAAGUUGGACUUUGGGAUGUGACUCACCAACCUAAAGAAGAUGGAGUUUAUGUUUUUCAACCCCAUAGUCAGCCGGUUAGUUGUCUUUACUUCUCACCCGCCAAUCCUGCUCACAUACUGUCCCUGAGCUAUGAUGGCACACUACGCUGUGGGGAUUUUUCCAAGGCUGUUUUUGAAGAGGUAUACAGAAACGAGAGAAGUAGCUUUUCCUCCUUUGACUUCUUGGCAGAAGAUGCCUCCUCUUUAAUAGUAGGACACUGGGAUGGAAGUAUGUCAUUGGUGGAUAGAAGGACACCUGGAACUUCUUAUGAAAAACUUAUCAGUUCUUCUAUGAGAAAAAUAAGAACUGUUCAUGUCCAUCCAGUGCAUAGACAGUAUUUCAUAACUGCAGGAUUGAGCGAUGUUCAUCUUUAUGAUGCUAGGCGCCUGAAUCCCAAGGGAAGCCAGCCUUUGAUUUCUUUGACUGAGCACACAAAGAGCAUCGCUUCUGCUUAUUUUUCACCUUUUACUGGUAACAGAGUAGUGACCACAUGUGCUGAUUGUAAGCUGAGAAUCUUUGACAGCAGCUGUAUGUCCUCUCAGAUUCCUCUCCUCACCACCAUCAGGCACAACACCAUUACUGGGCGAUGGCUGACCAGAUUUCAAGCUGUGUGGGACCCUAAACAAGAAGACUGUGUCAUAGUUGGCAGCAUGGCCCAUCCACGACAGGUGGAAAUCUUCCAUGAGACAGGAAAGAGGGUGCAUUCUUUUCUUGAUGGAGAAUGCCUUGCCUCUGUGUGUUCCAUCAAUGCUGUGCACCCAACUCAGUAUAUUUUGGCUGGAGGUAAUUCCAGUGGGAAGAUACAUGUUUUUAUGAGUUAAGAAAGUUGCUGGGUUUUUGGUUUAGCAAUACUAGUUUGUUCAAAUUAAUUAGUGUUUAUUUAGCAAAUAUAAAUUGCUUUAUUAAUAGCUAUACUCAGAAUGCUUUUUUUUUUAUUGAGGGAGAAACCUUGGAGAUUGUUUCCACAGGAUGGGGAGGAAAUAUGAGGGAGGCUAUGAUGCCUUCAGCACUUUAAUCAAGCAGUGUGUUGAGAAAUUGUAACAUUAUCAGUUUUAAAGCUUUGAAUGAUAAGAAUUAAAAACUUUUGUGGUCUGA